AGCGCGGAACGGUGCGGCUCGAGGCUUUUGUUUACUUUCGAGGAAGCAACUUCAACCAAGAACACUUCACGAUCAAGCAGAAAACCAUUCGCAAUCUUACGCUUUAAGCUCACCAUUGCUCUUUUAUCAUCGAAAAACUUUCAAAUACACGAAUUUCCAAUAAAUCGCCACACAACACCUUAACAUGGCACCGACGCGCUCCAAGAAACAGCGCAAGUCCACCGAAUCCGCCGGCUCUGUAGACGUACAGCAGUCACAAAUAGUAGCCACCAAGACGCGCAGUCCAGCAAGAACUUCAUCAAAUCGAAGCCCUAUCAAGAAAGUGAGGAUGGGAAUCACAGUGGGGCAGAAGCAGGCAUUGAUUGAUAACCUACAACUCGAGAUUACGGAACGCGCCAGAAAGCUUCGCGCCCAGUAUAUGCACCAAGCACAAGUUCUGCGAUCGCGUAUUGAGAUUCGAGUCCACCGCAUCCCCAUGGCAAUGCGGAAAGUAAAUAUGGGAGAGUUGCUCUUGAAGCACAACCAGGGAGCAUCGACAGCGGUAGCAGGGCCAUUAAGGGUAGAGAAGCCGAGGUCACCGGCCAAGAAUCUGAUUCAAGAGGAGCAAAGUCGCGCCAGUCCAUCACCGCAACGCGGUCAGAAGCGAUUGAGUGAUGCCAUCUCCGUCGACAAAGAAAACGAAGAUAUCGAGAACCCGAGGAAACGAGCCCGUGGACCGAUUGUCCCUACACGAACCACUUCCCGCGACAAACUGCAGCCCUCCCAAGUCCUCUCACCACGCUCUGCAAAUUCACGUUCCCUGCCCCGAUCACCAGUCCGCACUGCUGUUUCACCAGCACGAUCACACCUCGCUCGUCCCAUCUCCCCUCUAAAGCCAGUAGCACCAACACACGUCGGAGGCCCAUCAUCAAUCCUCACAAACAUGGUAGAGAAGGCCAAGACGACGCGAGGAGCAGGUACGAGAAAGGGUACAGAUACAAGCACGAGUACAAAUACGAGUGCAGGAGCAGGACGUGGAAAGAGGACGGCACCACCGGCAUCAGCGCCAAAGAUUGGGAGGGGAAGGGCGAUUAGUGACUCGAGUGAUUCGAGCACCACGACUGUGGUUAGGAAACCUGGGGUAGCGAAGAAGGCGGCGCCGGUGAAGGAGAAGAAGACGGUUAUGACUACGAUUAAGGGGAUGGGGAGCCAGAAGAAGUUGCCGGCUAGUAAACCGGCUGCUGCACCUACGACGGGCGGAAGGGUUUUGAGGAAGAGGAAUUGAGUUGACGUCUGGAGUGGAAGAGCUCUCAAAGAGAGAAACCGAGAGUGGUCUAUCUGAGAAGAGGAGUCCUGGAAGAGAAACCGAGUUCUU